CGAGUUAUGUUCACCCCACAAGACAAUCACACUGGAGUACUGGACGGAGUCGAGGAGCAGGCGACACCUUCACCGCUUCGGUAACGGAUCGACAGGCGACAGCUCACAGCUGGCGGUGGUUUGGCUCGGGGACGGGGUGCGGCGGCCUCCGCGAGCAGUUCGGCAGCGACACGGCGCGGGGGGUGGGCGCCUUGCUGGCUGGUGUAGCGUAGUGCGGGCCACAACGAGGACGCGGUGGCAUCCAGCAGGUCUGUAUCUCCUGCAGACCACCAUCGAUUUUUGGUGAACUGCUCUAGUGUCGUGUGUUUCGUAGAUGUACGGGCAACAACUUGGAACCCUCGCCUGGAAUGAUCAAACAAGCACCAUCAGAAAACCACAUGGCUCGGCAACCUUGGAGCAAUAAUGGCCAUAGAAAUUCCCCUUCAAAUUCAUUAGAUGGAGGAGUUCCUGGACCCAUGCCUCUGGUCCCUUUUCAGGAGGAACUUGCAGUUGGUUGUGAAGAGAUUCGUAGAAUUGCUGCUGAUAAUACUCUUGUGCUAGAGGAUAUUCUGGGCCUUAGGCAAGAAUUAGCUGUCAUUGAAGACGAGAUCCAUAUACUUGCCAAACAAACCAUUCCCAGACUUCGUGUUGAUAAUGAAAUGGAAUACAGGGAUAUUAUCCAGGGAGGCAUGAAGUUAGAGGAACAGAUGCAUGCUCUUAAACUUAUCAAGGAAGAAGUGUUGGUCCUAAGUUCUGAAAAGAUGGAGUUGGAAGCUUUGUGCAAAGAGCUAUCUGUGAAGGUUCAGUCAUUGUACAGGGAGCUGGAGCAGAUCGAGAACAAGCAGAUACCUGCUACAAGAGAAGGGUUGCAUGAUAUACAAGCGGAGAUUUCGAGGGCCAGGAUGGCAUACGAGCAUGAGAAACGUGCAAAAGUUGAGCUUCUUGAGGAGAGUCAGGCCAUAGAGAGUGAUUUUAUCAACAUAAAAAUGGAAGCACAGAGAUUGCGGACAGAGCUGGAGAAGAGGAGGUCUGGUGUGUUCAAGCAUCAUGCAUUUGGCUCAUACUAUAAAAGAUAGAGCAUGGCAUUGCAUCCUCCAACUGAUAGGUGGGCGUCACAAAGCGUAGCUAAGGGUUUGGUGUCUAUCAGAGAAAUUAGUCGAACUCAGGAGUCAAGACCAAAUGCGUUUGUCUUUCGGAUGAGCAGCUGACAGUUAUUUGCGAACACGUUACUAUUACUAUAUCUCAUUAUUAAGUAGGAGUACAAAUUGGACGAUUGAAAGAAGAAUAUUAUCAAUUUGGUCUUUAUUGUACUCCUACUUAUUUUCUCUCUCGAAAAGUACUCCUACUUAUUUUUAAUGGUUGUUUUAUGUCUUAUUAUCCACUUUUAUAC